UUCCGCACAUGCGCAAUAAGGCCAAGCAACGACAACUUCCUGCCAAAUAGUGCUCCCUAACAACAGACAAAGCUUGACACUGUGGAUUCCAUUGAAGACGCUUAAAUAAAAGCGUUUUUCGUUCACCCCUUCAAUGGCUCCGGAGCAGCGCUCCCGGUGCGCAGAGUAGGCUGCACGGCGCAGACAUGUCCGCUCGCUCCGCUGCACAGAUGGUCCACUCGCAGGAGAACGUCGAGCUGCCGGCAAAGAAGCUCAGGCUUGGGAAUAAAGGUGGACUGGAGGAAGAGCCCAGCAUUUUAGGUGAGGAUGGGAGCCCAGCUGCAGUGUUGGGUCCAUCGGAGCAGGACGGCUCUUACUCUGCUCUGUCCACAGCCCAGCUGGAUCCACCAGGUGAUCAGGACCCGUCUGACUCCGAGCGGGUGGCGGCAACUCGACCGUGCGGAGACUCUAUGGACUCGUAUGCGCAUUCUGCAGCGGACUCGACGGGGACUUCUGAGUACACCCAACAGGUUUAUCAGGGAAGCGACCCGGCAGUGACUUCGUACACCGGCCAGGUGGCCUACCCCCCGCUGGCCCAGUCCACCGUGUACUCGGCCUUCCCCCAGACGGGCCAGACGUAUGGCCUCCCGCCCUUUGGUGCUAUGUGGCCAGGCAUUAAAACUGAGACAGGGCAGCCUGAGGCGCCCUCUGGUGGCCAGCCUGGGUUUCUCAGCUUCAGCGCCGCAUACACCUCAACCCAGCCAGCCCAGCUGCACUACUCAUACCAAGGCUCAAGCUUCACCACAUCCAGUGUGUACUCCAGCAUCCCGUCCGCUGCGGCGGCCACCACAACCUCCACCACAGCGGCACACCAGGAAUUUAGCGGCUACAACUCUCUGGGCCAGAAUCAGUUCUCUCAGUACUACACUCUGCCUCCCAGCUACGUCCCUGCCGCGCUGCCCAGCAGUGACGACCACGGCGCCGGCGUGGGAGCAGCCGGAUAUUCAGCUGUGAAGUCCGAGGAGGCCGCCUCGGCCGGCCUGCCUCCCCGAGACGCGUCCCCACCAGAGAACCUCCCGGCAGGUGCCGCCCUUCCUACCAGUGUGGGCGUCCCGGCCGGAGCCAGAGAUCAGGACGAGGUUGGACGCAGGAACUCUGUCGGCAAAGCCAAAGGGAAAGGCAAGAGGUCCGACAACUCGUCGCCCGCUGACAGCGACCUGGAGCGCAUUUUUCUCUGGGAUUUGGAUGAGACCAUCAUCAUAUUCCACUCCCUGCUCACCGGCUCCUACGCACAGAAGUUUGGAAAGGACCCCGCGACGGUGCUGAACUUGGGCCUGCAGAUGGAGGAGCUGAUCUUUGAGCUGGCGGACACCCACCUUUUCUUCAACGACCUGGAGGAAUGUGAUCAAGUCCAUGUUGAGGACGUGGCCUCUGAUGACAAUGGACAGGACCUGAGUACCUACAACUUCCUGGCUGAUGGCUUUAAUGGUUCCAGCGGGGGAGGGGCUUCAGGAACCACCACGGGGGUCCAGGGAGGCGUGGAGUGGAUGCGCAAACUGGCCUUCCGCUACCGCCGGCUAAAAGAGAUCUACAGUAACUUUAAAGGGAAUGUUGGGGGCCUGUUGAGUCCCAUGAAGAGGGAGCUGCUUCUGCGGCUUCAGGCCGAGAUCGAGAGCGUCACGGACACGUGGCUCUGCACGGCGCUCAAGUCUCUGCUGCUCAUCCAGUCCAGGGGGAAGUGUAUGAACGUGUUGGUCACCACCACCCAGCUGGUUCCCGCUCUGGCGAAGGUGCUGCUGUACGGCCUGGGAGACGUCUUCCCCAUCGAGAACAUCUACAGCGCCACCAAGAUAGGGAAAGAGAGCUGCUUUGAGAGGAUCGUGUCUCGCUUCGGGAAGAAGGUGACCUAUGUGGUGAUCGGCGACGGUCGAGACGAGGAGUUCGCAGCAAAACAGCACAAUAUGCCUUUCUGGCGAAUCUCCACUCACGGCGAUCUCGUGUCCCUGCACCAAGCGCUGGAGCUGGACUUCUUGUAGAGGAGGCGGUGUGUGGAUGCCGCACACCAAAGGGAAAAGGAAAAACUACCCAGUGACAUUGUGCAAAAAGGAACCGACUCUCCCAUAUUCCCGUGUAUAGAUCCGUGUGCUGGCGGCGCACUGAGGGGAACUCUGACCGCCAAAGACAGACUGGAUGGCGAGCGAAGGUUCCUCCCGGCGCUCCCUCCUCUACGGCUCAAACUGGCACUCAUUGGGACGCAGAAGGGAAGACGUCCAAUUGUUUUAUUGCGUAGCAAAAUCUCCCGCGGUGAAAACAAUCCCUCUUCAUUUCUAUUUCAAAGGGACGUUGUUGUUUUGUUGACAUUUUCUUUUGUUGUAUAUUUUCAUUUAGGCUUCAUGUGAAAGGGAUUAGUUUUAAAAAAGCUCUCUGGGUAGUUUUUUGUAUUAAAUAAUCCCACUAUUACUCAAUAGUAACGUGUCACAACAUGACCAAAGCGCGCUCACAGUCAGCUGACCGCCGGCGCGUCGCAGCAGCCGCGUGUGUGUCCGUGGUCAGGGAGCACGUGCUGAGGCGUAACCCGCUGACUCAGCAGGUUUCCAGUCGCGGCUCCCGCCCCAACUGUGGUCCGGGUUAGUACUGGUCGUAGGAUUAGGAAGUAGUGGUUGUAGUAUUAAUAAGGCUGAGGUCCGGUUUAAUGAAAACAAUAGCUUUGUCUCAAAUCUAUUCUGCUUGUUACUUCUAUAACAGAAUGUACUGCAUAUACAUUGUCUUUUAGCAGUAACUAUGUAAAAGUACCUUUGCAGAAAGGAAUAAUUAAUGUGACUGCGAAUGUUAAACUUUACCAAAAAGUAGAAAUGCUAAAUUUCCUCAGAGGUGAUUAUAUAUAUAUUUGUGAGGACACUAUAUAGUGAAACCUCGCAUUGAAUUUGGGACCCGCUAAUCAGAUUUUGGGGUUUGGGGUUUUAAAGAGCUUCUACUUAAGCUCCAUAACCCAGCUAACAAAACUCUCACUGUCUGAAAAAUGCUGCGACACAGUUCUACAAACCCGCCUGUUCUAUGAACGUCCUGGACAUCCCAUUAGAGGAAUAACGAACUAAAGUCGAGUCGUGUAAAGUAACAGAGCUCCGCUUUACGCUGGAGACGUCCUGAAUGUUUCUGGCUUUUCCCUUUUUAGACCGAGACCCGUACGUUGGCUUUUUGUCGUCAUGUCGGAAUGUAAAUUGGAAAGUUAAAGCUACAGCGACAACAAGCUGAUGACACCAUUAUUAUUUUCUUGAUUAUUUAAUUCAUCAAUAAACCAAAUGAUUUUAUCUGCAAAUAUACUGCAGAGGAAAAGGAAUUGAAAUGUAGCUGAUUUGCGGCCUAAUCAGAAUAUCUUAUCAGAAUAUCUUUUUGAUUUUCCAAGUGUUGGAUGGUUAAAAACAAGCAUUUGAAGAUGGGGAAUUUUUUUCUUGGAAAUGCUCAGGAGGGUUUUUUGGUGUCUUUAACUUACUAAUGAGCAGCAGUCCCAAAUCCUAGAGUGAACUCUACCAGGUAUAACAAGAGAAAAAUAUUCCAAAUCUACUUUUAGUUCAGCAUUUAUGAAUGAAUUGCCUCAUCUGCUGAAAAUAUGCAGAUUUGUUUCAGACCGUUUAAUUACUUACAGCUUUGAAUUUUCAGCCACAUGAAAACACAACCUGUCUGAGGCCUAUUGCAGAAAAAUCAAAGAUGAGUGCGACACAUGACGCGUAUUUUUAAGGGGUCUUUCACGUGUACAUGCAGCGGGCGACCCAUCAGUUUACGACUCAACCGUAGAAGGUUUUGUGUUUCCUCACAUGCAGCUUGACCGUAUCAGAAUGUGUAUCUGUGUGUUUCUGUUUGUCCUGCGUAUUUAUAGCGUGACUUUAACCAUCAUCUGUAUGCAUAAUCUCAAAGGCGGCUUUUUUUGUGGUUGGCUACAUUUAUCGCUGCGUUGUUUUAUUAUCCAAAGUGCUAUUUUACUCUUUUCUUUUCUUUUUUCGUUGUCUGUUUUUUUUUUUUUUUUUUUGAAAGGCCUCCAUCUAGACAGCGACGAGGCCGUUGUGGGGCGAGCAGGUCCGUGUUGGAGGCUCCGUGUUCCAUGAGGACAGUGGAAAACACGGCUCUCCCUCACUUUGCCGCCAGAUGGCGUCUCAAAUAGUUUUGUUUUGUUCAAGAAUAGAUUUCUGGAUGUGCAGUGACAACACUUUGGGGUUCCCCCCCCAUAAAUGUACUAUAUGUCUGCUUUGUUUUAGACUUCUGCUUCCUUUUGAAAAGGAGAUUUAUUUGCUGCUGUGAAGCACCCGGAGACAUCGCUUAGAGACAAUCACCAUCUAAUGAACGUGGUCUUUUUUAAAGCAGAUCAGGUUACCGACGUGAACACGUUAGUUCUUUCUUACUGAGUAAAGUGAGUAAAAGGUAAACAGGCUCAUCUUUCAGUCCCGACACAAAGGCUGUAUGCAAUCUUUGCAUUUUCCUCUUCCUGCUUAUUGAAUGUGUUUUCUGUGUAUUUCUUUACUGCGUCUGCAUGUCAUGUCGGUUUUGAAGUAUACUAUGUCUGUUAAAUACGUUUAAGGGAAUAUAUAUAUAUUCUUUUAUGCAUCCUCUUUUUCUUUCCAAAUACUGUUGUUUUUUAAUGUGUGUUUGUUCAUUUCAUCUCCUUCAAGGACCUGUGAGCGCGCUUUCGGUCAUGCAGAGAGCCUGAAUGGAUCCUCUUGCUUGAACACUUAUCAUAAUAAUCAAUGCUAUUUAAUGACAAUAAUCACUAUUUCCCAUUCAGUAGGCUUCAGGACCUGGACAGUCCUGGACGUUUGUCCUGUGUACCCUUUUAGACCUUCGAUACAAUGUAAAUAAACCUUUUAAAAUGU